GGUCCCAAGAACAAUCGCCCGGAAAAGAAAAUGCAGACACAACGUCUAUAGGCCUUGUGAUAGAUGCAAACUUGAGAAGCUCACAUGUGAUGGUCUGCUGCUGUAUAUAUUCAGCGCUCAACGUGACGUUGUGUGUGAGCAGCACGAUGUCGCGGCCGAAGAGUAAACGGAAGGUAGCCCUCGCGAUUGCUAAUGCGCUUGCUAAUAUUACACACCUGUUUAAAAACUACUUGUAUCCGGAGAGCGACCAAGCGAGAUGCUUGACCGCUGGAAUUACUUUGAGUGUUUUCUGUGGGCUAUGUGCAUUCAAAAGUCUUGUAUGAAGGUUAUAUUUGAGGAGAGAGAAUCAGAACUUUGAUAGAACGGAAGGAUUCGCGCAGGGAAAUCCAAAACUUUUCGAAGGAAGG